AUGGCCGAUGCUGGAAGCGGAGAGCGCCCGAACGCGGAGCGCCCAGAGGAUUGCGCCGUGUGCUUGGAGGUCUUGGGCGAGGCGUGUCCCGUGCGGAAGUUGAGCUGUGGCCGCUCCUUUCAUCACGCUUGCGUCGCUCAAUGGCUUCUGCGACGCGCCUCCUGUCCGCUCUGCAAAUCGGAUCCUUCGCAGACACGGCCAGAGAACCAGCCCUUUCGAAUCGAUUUGAGUCAUCAGGAGAUGGCCCAGUUUGUGCAUGAGAUCGAAGACAUUUUCCGCGCCAUCCACGUGGGUGUCAGUGACAAGGCUCAAAGAAAGGCACCUGAGACGAAAGUCAAGACCUUCAACGUGAUGCCUAGCGAAGACUAUGCAGUGGCCAUCUCGGGCCUCGGCUACAAUCUUUGCGCUACGCUGGGAUACGAGGCAUGGUCCAGCUGGUGCUGGUGGAACCAGAAGAGGUUUUACCUAGAAGUACGAACUAACUCUCAAACGAGCUUCUGUCCCGGCAGCUUGGAUCUGGACUGGAUCAACAAGUUCCAAGCGAGCCAGGCACUUGGAUGUCCCCUGGUGAACUUCCUCGAAGCCCUCCCUCACUUCGAAGUUCGCUAUGGCGAUGAGGGGGAAGCCCGUGCUGUGAUGCGGCCAGAGCCGACGGAGGAGCUAGUGGACGGGAAGUGCCUCACCUUCACUGUUUCUGAACGGGAAGACUUGUGGCGCGUCGUGCUGCAGGGAGCCCGCGCACAGGUGGAGAUUCCGGAGAUUGAGUUCUCUAUACGGCCAAAGGCAGAAAGACGAGUGGAUACCAUCUACAACAUGAUUGCCUCUGCUGUCUUCCAUUUGGGCGACCAUGUCCAGAAGAACCGACGAAUGGGUGGAGCCUUGAGUGAAGAAGACUGCAAUAAGAUCUGUGAGACCAUCGAGCAGCUCAACAUCCUGUGCCUUUGCCACAAGAUCGAGCUGCUCGCUGUUGGUCGAUCAUUCCAUGUGAGUUUGACCCGGCGAUACCUCGAUUUCAUUGUAAUCAAUGUCAAUGUCCCUUGUGACGCCCCUGUUUUCAUCUUGGAGGGAGAACGUCAAUGCGCGCAGAUGCUUGCAAACCAUCCUCGUUUUACAGAACACUCGGGGAAGGGGCAGAAGGCAGACACCUGCGACUUGGAUGGUUGCUCCAUGUUACUCCAGCUAUUCUGA